UAUAAUAAUAAUACAGUGAAUAAUAAAAAUGUACUGUAGUGUAGUGUAGUGGAGUGUAGUGUAGUGAAAAAAUGAAAAAUAGUAUAUGGAUGUUAAGCUUACUAGCGUGCUUAGGUAAUAGAAGCAUCAGUAAUAGAGAAUAUGAAUUCAUAUCCCAAAGUGGUCAUACGGUAUUGUGCCAAAUGUAAAUGGCAGAAUCGAGCUAUAUGGUAUGUUACCGAGAUACUUCAAACAUUUGGUGAAGUAAUUAAUGAAGUGAGUGUUCAACCUAUUUAUGAUAAGCCAGGAGUGUUUGAGAUUAUUCUUGUUGAGGAGACUAGUACAACAGUAUUGUAUAAAAGAAAGUUUAAGAAUGCGGAAUUAGCUAAGAAAUAUGCCACCGAGGGAGAAACUGGUGAACAAACUGAAGAGUACUAUUAUGAUGGAUUCCCUGAUUCAAAGUUAGUUAAGUUACUAAUCAAAGAUGCAUUGAAUGGAUCAGUUAAAGUUAAGCUCGGUAAUCAUAUCAUGAAAACAGAUACUACAAAUAUUCUUAGUAGUAAUCGAAAUGUGUCUGAACCAGAACCAGAACCAAAACCAGAAGAAGUGGAAUGUCAGGAUUGUAAGUUAGAACAGUAACCAACUAUUUACUACAAGUAAUGAAUAAAAUUAACUAGUACAUUUAAAUUAAACAGUGUAGAACUAAAUAGAUAAUUUGACAAUAUAGCAAUAGGCAUAGAUAUAAUAGAAUAGAAUAGAAUAGAAAUAGAAAUAGAGAAGAAAUAGAAAUACAUCUCUACUUCUCUAAAAAUUUGAAAUAAAUUAAAAUAAAGUAGAAACAACGAACAACAAUAACAAUAAUAGCAUAUAAUGAUAAUAAUAAAACA